GCAGAGGCUGUGUCUGGUCAGAAACUCAACCUCAUACCAGGGCGAAUAUCUCGAAAAGUUCUCGAAGUGAUAACUGACACGUGUCCUUUUACCUCGAUCCACAAAACCCUCGCUCAUAUCCAUACUGUUGUCCUCUCUUUCCGUUAAAGUCCCCCUCUCUUCUCCUUCUCUCUUCUUAAAUUAAUAAAUACAAUCAAUCCACUUUGCCUUCUGUGAUAUCCACAACUCUAAUCUCCUUCUUCACUUCAGAUCUCACUCUCACUUCAUCAACUUAUCAACAUGUACCAUAUCUAUUGACUCUUGAGUUUUUCUGUUUAAUUAAUUAAUGUUCCACCCAUUUAUGUUGACGCACGUUCGCUCUCAAAUCUGGUUGCGCAAGAGGAAAAGGUUAAAAUCCAACAAUACCCUUAUCUGAAUUUGUUUAUUUACCACUUUUUAUCAUACUCGUACAUCAAAUCUUCAAUCUUUAUUUUUCUUCUAUAUUUUUAUAAUAUUUUUCAAGGUUCUGCUGCCUAUGGUUAGUUGUUGGUUAAUUUCUUGCUUUCAUACUGAUUAGUACUUGGAAUUGUAUAGCGAGUUACAGUUAAUUAGAUUAAGGCACUGUUGGGUGGGUUUAGUUGAUUUAGUUGGCUUUGUAAACCUAUAUUAGGAGUUUGAGUUGGGGCAAGGAGAAGGUUAAAGUUUGGGUUUGUUUUGAGGAUCAAUAGAGAGUGAAGUUUGGUGAUUGGUGUCAAAAGUGGCGAAAAUGAGUUUGGGCACUGCCGAGGAUGAUUCGGCAUCAGAGAUUCAUAUACCAGCGGAUAUAGAUUGGCAUAUGCUUGAUAAAUCUAAAUUCUUCUUUUUGGGUGCGGCUUUGUUUUCUGGUGUUUCUGCUGCUCUUUAUCCGGUCGUUGUGUUAAAAACCCGUCAGCAGGUAUCACAUACUCCAGUUUCGUGCUUCAAAAUGUCAUAUACCAUUAUGCGUUAUGAAGGUUUUAGAGGUUUCUACAGAGGAUUUGGUACCUCUUUGAUGGGAACAAUUCCAGCUCGUGCACUUUACAUGACGGCACUUGAGGUUACCAAGAGUAAUGUUGGGACUGCAACUGUUAGAUUAGGAUUUUCAGAUACUACAGCCACUGCUAUAGCUAAUGCUGCAGCCGGGUUGAGUUCAGCUAUGGCUGCACAGCUGGUUUGGACCCCAAUUGAUGUUGUGAGUCAAAGAUUAAUGGUUCAAGGAUGCAACAAUAACAGUAGCAAGAACAUAGUCCCUAAUAUAAGUUCUUGUAGAUAUAGUAAUGGUCUUGAUGCAUUUAGGAAAAUCUUGGUUGCGGAUGGUCCAAGAGGAUUAUAUAGGGGAUUUGGGAUAUCAAUACUGACAUAUGCACCAUCUAAUGCAGUUUGGUGGGCGUCUUACUCUGUGUCACAUAGGCUCAUAUGGAGUGGUUUCGGUUGCUAUAUGAGUAAAAAGGAUGAAAGUUCUUCGAGUAAUGGGUGUUGUUACAGGCCUAGUUCAAAGGCAGCAGUGGCAGUGCAGGGUUUAAGUGCGGCCAUGGCUAGUGGUGUAUCAGCUAUAAUUACUAUGCCACUUGAUACAAUCAAGACAAGAUUACAGGUUUUGGAUGGAGAAGAAAAUGGGCAAAGAAGGCCACUGACUAUCCUGCAGACAGUUCGAAAUUUGGUGAAGGAAGGAGGAUUGGCAGCUUGUUACAGGGGAUUGGGGCCUAGAUGGGCUUCAAUGUCUAUGUCUGCAACCACCAUGAUCACUACAUACGAGUUUUUGAAACGACUUUCUGCUAAGAGCCAAUAGCACUAGACAUCAUAACAAGAGUAGCCACAAGAAACAUAAAUUUGCCCAUCUAUGAGCCCUGUAGUUUUUGUUUCUGGGUGAUUAUUGUAAAUUCCCUGUUUUGUUUCCCCUUUGUUGUUUUCUUGAUCAUGUUGGAGAUCACUGGAAAUCAAUGUAAACUUGUACAGUAGUAGCCGGAUGCCACUAUUUCCCUAUCUGUAAUAAUGUACUUUUCAACGCUCAUCUAUGUCCAUACUGUACAAGUAUGAUGUUAACGGUUAACAAGUUUUAAUUUUAUGUGUGUGACUUGUUCUGCAUCGA